AUCAUUUAUUAGUGUAAAGUAAAGCAUAGUUACAAUGUAUUGUAAAGCGCUGAGCUCACGAAGUAGAUCUGGUGAAGUGAGAUGAGCCUGCGAAGUUGUGUGGAUGGAAAGUGAAAAGGUGGCGAGCGAAGCAUGCCACCGGUAUCUGUUGCGUAAUCUUUGUCUAUUAAUAAUAAUUUUUGAUCACUAUAGGUAAUAGUAAGUGAAUAUCAUUCAAUUAAUCAUUAUUAUUAUCAUGCAAAACACAGUAGAAAUAUGAUAAGCCGAGUCCUUCAUUGUAAAAAUCUCAAAUCAGAAUAUUUUUGCUCCGCGGGAGCUCGAACGUGUCUCAACUCUCACAAUGGUGCUAUUUUAUAUUUUUGCAUUUUUUAUAACGAUAAUAAUAUGUGCCCUACAAUAUUUGUUAACGAAAAAUCAUGAUUACUGGAAGAAAAGGAACGUACCACACUUGAAGCCUUCACUAUUGUUCGGAAACUAUAAGGAAACUAUUUUACUUAAAAAACAUCAAAUAUUGGUUACGCAUGAAAUCUGCAAUCAGUUUCCGAACGAGCCCUACAUAGGAACAUUCUUCGGCACAUCCCCAGCGCUCAUCAUAAAGGAUCCCAAUUUAAUUAAACAAAUUUUUGUGACAGACUUUUACUAUUUUAGUGGCAGAGAAGUAAAUGAUUUUACGGAUAUGGAACCGAUGACUAAGAUAUUAUUUUUCAGUGGUGGUGACAAAUGGAAAAUCCAGCGUCAGAAUCUGACACCCUUAUUUUCUUCUGCUAAAUUAAAGGGUAUGUUUCAUUUAAUAAAAGAUUGUGUCAAUCAAUUUGAAUGCUUCCUCGAAGAAGAAACGAGAAAUUCGCAAAUCAUUGACGCAAAAACAUUGCUAGCGAUGUUUACUAUAGACGUUAUCACCAGCUGCGCAUUUGGAAUAAAUUGCAAUACGAUGAACAAAAAUGCUGAUGCAAGUACGAAUCCUUUUAUGGUUCUUGGUGGAAAAAUAUUUGACUCAUCGAAGAUUAACGGCAUAAAACUUUAUUGUAGACAAAUGUGGCCUUCAUUAUUUUAUGGUUUAGGGUUUACAUCGUUCGAUAAGAGUAUAAAUACCAUGUUUGGGACUAUUUUGAGCGGAGUUUUUGAAUCAAGAGAGAGUACCCAAUCGACUAAGAAUGAUUUUGUUGAUCUAAUAUUGACCUGGAAGAAGAGAAAAGUGAUAACUGGGGACAGUUUAAGUAAUAUAAAGACUGGCGGCAAAAAGACUAUAAGCCUGGAAGUGACCAAUGAUUUGUUGGUGAGCCAAUGUGUAGCAAUGUUUGGCGCAGGAUUUGAAACUACAUCCAGCACUUUAAGUUUCGUUUUAUAUGAAAUUGCCAAAAACCAAGAAGUACAAUCAAAAGUGAUAAGCGAAGUUGAUUCUUAUUUUGAGAAAAAUGACACAAUUGAAUACGAGUGUGUCAAUGAGUUGCCAUACAUUGUAGCCUGUAUUGAAGAAACGUUACGUCUUCAUCCAGUCUUUGGAAUCCUUACGCGGGAGGUUAUGGAUGACUACACCUUACCAACGGGCCUGAGUUUACAAAAAGGAGAUCGCAUUCACAUAUCUGUAUACAAUUUGCACCAUAAUCCAGACUACUUUCCAGAACCAGAGGUAUUCCGACCAGAGCGUUUUUACGGCGAUGCAAGAAAGGAUAUUAAACCUUUCACGUACAUUUCUUUUGGAGAAGGCCCCAGGGUAUGUUUAGGUCUUCGCUUUUCCAAGAUGCCGAUGCACGCUGCUCUUCUCACGAUAUUCAAGAACUAUCGGAUAGAACUUGCGAAGGACAUGCCUCUCACUAUUCCGUUGACAACAUUCUCAAUCGUCACCACUUCAGCAAUCCCUAUUAAUCUUAGAUUCAUACCACGCAAGGCUUAAGAAGCCAUAAUGAAACAAAAAUG